ACAGUAGUUGCCGUUUGGUAAUAGGUGUGCUUUGAACCGUAUUUCUAUGUGUAUGCUCGUGUGUCUGUUCGUAGGAUUUUUCCGAUGCUACGGAGGGGAUCCCAGCCUUCACCUCGGAUUAGCCUUGGACGACACAGCAGAUAAAACCGACAAUAGGGAGGACAUUUAAGAAGAUACAACUGGUACAAUUUCAGAUAUUACAGACAUAGGUGUGAAUACUUAACUUCAUGGUCUUUGUUGGGAAUGUAAUUGUAUGAUUAGACUUCAGUGGAACAGGCCUAUUAGGAAUUUGUUAUAGGCUUACCUCCUGACUAAAGUAAAAUUAUAGCCACCUUCGACAAACCCAUCCCGGAAGGUGACACCUGAAGUUGUUCUCUAUUGACAAAACCUGGCGGUAUUACAUCUGAUAUUCGGUGAACUUUUCCUAUUCUUGCAAUAGGCCACUGUCUCUUUGGAAAUUUCUGAUUAAUAUCAAAAGACGAAACAUGCUGUAAUAAACAUCCGAAGGUUGGGUAACUUCUGUCAUUAUUGAGAUUAUCACACCACGGUAAGACGUCCGAUUUUUGAUCCAGAAUAUGCUGCUACAGACAUUAUGGAAGAUUCAAUAACACCAACACAAAACGUGUCCGAUGACGUAUUUUUGGAAAACGGCCACCCAAUACAGGUAGCAGGCGGGCCACCCGGCUACAGGCGAUCCUCAAGCGUAACUACAUCGCAGACGCCAUUCCUAAAGAGGGAAUCUGUAAGAAGAAUUUCAGAACCAUCCUUUUUCCUCCCGCCCGAGGAAACAAAACACUGCACAUGGAUUGCAGUAAUUGCUGUACUGAUAGUUGUGCUUGCAGCUAUAGCUGGAGGUUUUUUUUAUAGACUGGAGCUAAAAAACGGCGAUUUACAGAGACAGUUAUCUGAACUGAAAGCCGAGUUCGAGGCUUCGGGAGCCAAGUUAAGAGCGUCUACGAACACUGAAGACGCACCACGCGACGACGAAAAUUGUGUAUGCUCGUCUGGAAAGGCAAAACAAGGGGACAAAAUAGAAGAUUUUAAAACUUACGACGAAAAUGGAAGUUCAUCAAUUUUGCAGUGCUGUGCACACGACCGUGAACAAGUAAUAUCCUUAAUUAAGGAGGCUAUAGGAGCAAUCGAGCCGAAGGAUGAUACGGAUCACAGCAGUGGACACCGGAGUUUCGCCUAUGCGCACGUUUCAGGAACGAAUGGUACAGUGAAAGCAAAUAAUCCGAUGUUUGGUCACAUGACGGGCUGGCAUGUGCAAUCAGCUAACCGUACUUUGUUCAGCCGAGGCUGCAUUAAGAUAGAAUACGCGGGGAUGUAUUUUGUCUACAGCCAAAUUUACUUUUAUACAGAACAGAAUAGGCCUACUUCUGAACCUACAAACAUCACAGCGGCUUCAAAUCAUGAGCCAAUGCUUCACGAGACGUGUCGAAAUGAGAAACCGAUUAUGAAAAGUGCAGUUCCGUACCGUGACUUUACCAGUAAAUACCACGGCGGCGUUUUCAAACUGGAAAAAAAUGACGAAAUCUCAAUCCGGGUCUCGAAGAAUGACUACCACGUGAACCUAAACCCCGAACUUACGUUUUUUGGAGUUUACAGCCUUGAAGAAUAAGUCCAUUGUUACCAACAACAAAGGUUCAAAAUAAUUGCCUGGUAUUAGACACGCGUACGUGACGGUUUCGAUCUUUACAAUAUAUUUUUGUUUGCAUACAGUUGUUCCCUAUUUCAUUUAUAUAAUUUACAUCAUUUCAUUAAAAAUGCCUACAGUAAUAUGAUAGCAAAAGCGCAAUAAAUCACUACCGUGUUACGGGAUUUUACCGAAUAACUAUUUUAAAGAUACUACUAGAUAGCAAUUGUACAUUGUGCGCUAUAAAUGUACAUUACGUCACCUCAUACAAAAGUAUGGUAUAAUGGGAAACAAAUCGAAACAGACGAAGGGUUAACAGGAAAUGUACCUGGCAUAUAAAUACAAACAAAUAGGCAUUAAAUCUAUAUCACACUUAAAUGAGUGGCCAUAUCUUCUUCAUAUACCGUACCGGUAGGCUUAGUUUGGAUAAUAACCAAUAAACACUGUGUGAUUUUGUAUUUUGGUAGAAUGUAGGUAGGUUUCCCGGUUGACGGAAGGUCAAAUAUUCUGAUUAUUAUGCCAUGUACCCGAUUUACUACACAACGCUUCCUCAACAGGCCAAUAGACCGAAUCGACUUCAGCUAUUACUGGUCACGUGACAUAUAGUGGGUAAUAAUAAUUUUCAAUUUAUAUAGCGCAAAAUGUAAAAUAGGGCCUACCUCUAUGCGUACAGCAUGGUUUGGGAAAAAUUAUUAAAAGUUUCGCAAAAAUAUAAACACAUACACAUCGUAAACCACAGCGCGCUCAUUAAACACAGUAGGGCCUAUAUUAAGAGAGUUACUGUAUUAUGUUUUUUAGACAAUGUGUUACAAUUAAAAAUAUUUGUGUCCAUUGUCACAUCGGUGUGAAUAAGCGCGAAGCACGAACUUCACUGAUCAGUGGCUGUAAAAAUAUAUUGGUUGAUAAGCAACGGAAAAACAUUAUGAUUGUUAGCAUAAUUUGGAAAAACCCCCCAGGUCGGCUAUGUUUACUCGGUGAGAUAUAUAAGAUGAUAAUGCGUGUUGACAAUAAUCAUUAUAACAGAUGAGUAUAUCCUGAAUGGUCAUCCUUAGAGUUUUCUGAUAAUCUAUCAAUGUAUAACUAAUUAUUUGAGGUAAACAUGAAGAUGAAAAUACAGACCUCCUUGCAGACAAAUGUGAACAAACAAUACUUUCAUCGGUACCCUCUUCCUCCCCUGAAAGAGUACAAAAAAUGUUGAUUUUGCAAAACCAUUCUCCAUUUUUUUGUGAAGUCAACUAAAGCAAUGUACUUGGUUGCUUGAAUAUGAAUAUUAUAUCCAUGGUUACAUUAUAAUUUUACCAUUAUUUUACAUAUUACAUGUUAUUUUGAAUCACAUUUUUAUGCAUAUGUAUAAUUGUAUUCACCCCUGCUUACAUGCCAACACGCUCGUUUUGAUUCAGUACGACUUUACAAAGGAAUAGACUUACGGUCACUGAUUUACAUUUAACCAAAAGUUAAGAGACGACUAGGCACUAUUGGAAGAACUCCCAUAUAGGCCUCAAAGUUUGUAACUGCUGGUUUUUCAAAGGGCGUUCGCUAAGAAUUACAGCAAAAUGUUUUCGAUUGAUUAAUACACAGAAGAAAUGUAAUUAAAUACAUAAUAUAUAAUAUAAUUA